CGACCCUCCGAAGCCUGCUCCUGUCGACCCUCCGAAGCCCGUUCCUGUAGACCCUCCGAAGCCCGUUCCUGUCGACCCUCCGAAGCCUGUUCCCGUCGACCCUCCGAAGCCCGUUCCUGUAGACCCUCCGAAGCCUGUUCCUGUCGACCCUCCGAAGCCCGUUCCUGUCGACCCUCCGAAGCCCGUUCCUGUCGACCCUCCGAAGCCUGUUCCUGUCGACCCUCCGAAGCCUGUUCCUGUCGACCCUCCGAAGCCUGUUCCUGUCGACCCUCCGAAGCCCGUUCCUGUCGACCCUCCGAAGCCUGUUCCCGUCGACCCUCCGAAGCCCGUUCCUGUAGACCCUCCGAAGCCUGUUCCCGUCGACCCUCCGAAGCCCGUUCCUGUCGACCCUCCGAAGCCUGUUCCUGUCGACCCUCCGAAGCCUGUUCCUGUCGACCCUCCGAAGCCCGUUCCUGUCGACCCUCCGAAGCCUGUUCCUGUCGACCCUCCGAAGCCCGUUCCUGUCGACCCUCCGAAGCCUGUUCCUGUCGACCCUCCGAAGCCCGUUCCAGUCGACGACCCAGCACCAAGGGAUAG